AUGUAUUCCAAAAUAAUGAUCAAUAUUCAUAACCCAUUUUGUAAUUCAGAAGUCAUGGACUCAAAACCUCUUCCUCAAUAUACGGCCAUUCCAGCUGUAUACUUCGGCAAAGAACCUAUUGAUACGUUCUGCAUUCAUUGUGGAAACCGUAUAAGAACGUCGACUGAAUUUGUGACAGGACCUUGUACACACAUUUCUGCAGCGGUUAUUUCAACGUGUAAUGUCAAUUACCUAUUUUGGUGCGGAUGUUGCUUAAUUCCCUACUGCGUGGACGAUUGCAUGGAUGUACUUCACAAAUGUCCACAUUGCCAGAGAGAAUUGGGCAGAUUUAAACGAUUUUAA